AAAUAAUAUAAUCAAUUGAUACUCCGCCCUAAUAGGAGGAAUCUAUAGGAUUCUAGGAGUAAUACCAGUUGUAUUUGAGUUGGAAGAAUAUAUAAUAGAAUCUCACAUUCACACUACCACGCAUUUCAUUCUACCUUCUUUAAACCCUCGCCCCAACAUUUCCAUUUUCUUGCGAUUUCUCUCAUCCCACCACCACGAUCGCCGCCGCAAUGGCGUCGCCUCUGGUGUGUUCAGCCGCCGCUCUCAGCCCACUCCUCAACUCCUCAUCCGCAGCAGAUUACAUCUGCCAACAAAUUGCCAAUAACUCCGCUUUAACAAGCGAUGCUACCACCGCGGUUAACGCCGUCUACCUCCUGUUUUCCGCUUACCUUGUUUUCUCUAUGCAACUCGGCUUUGCUAUGCUAUGCGCUGGCUCUGUCCGUGCUAAGAAUACUAUGAAUAUCCUCCUUACAAAUGUCCUGGACGCCGCCACCGGGGCUGUGUUUUUUUACCUUUUCGGGUUCGCUUUUGCCUUCGGGUCCCCCUCAAACGCCUUGAUUGGGCGCCGUUUCUUUGGGCUUUCAUCGAUACCUGACUUUAGUCAAUCUUAUGAUUACAACUAUUUCCUUUUCCAAUACUGCUUCGCCAUCGCUGCAGCCGGGAUAACAUCCGGUUCGAUAGCGGAACGAACGCAGUUUGGUGCGUACUUGGCGUACUCGAGCCUCCUAACCGGGUUCGUGUACCCCGUGGUGGCGCAUUGGUUUUGGUCAAAUGACGGUUGGGGUAGCGCUUUCGCUACGUCCAACCUAUUGUUUGGUUCCGGGGUUAUUGACUUUGCCGGGUCAGGAGUAGUGCAUUUGGUUGGAGCUGUGGCCGGGUUUUGGGGGGCAUUCAUUGAAGGCCCUAGAAUGGGAAGGUUUGAUCAUUCAGGGAAAAGUGCUGGGGGGCUUAAAGGGCAUAGUACUUCAUUGGUUGUGUUAGGGACUUUCUUGUUGUGGUUUGGUUGGUACGGGUUUAACCCAGGUUCGUUUCUCAUCAUUGCUAAGGCGUACGGCCAAAGCGGCUCGGUGUACGGUCAAUGGAGUGCCGUAGGGAGGACUGCCGUUACCACUACUCUUGCCGGUGCAACGGCUGCCCUCACCACCCUCUUUGUAAAGAGGUUACUAGUAGGUCACUGGAACGUGACCGACGUGUGCAACGGGCUACUGGGAGGAUUCGCCGCCAUAACAGGAAGUUGCGCGGUGGUAGACCCAUGGGCAGCAUGCAUAUGUGGUGUAGUUGCAGCCGUUGUGCUAAUAUCAUGCAACAUGCUAGCAGAAAAGUUCAAGUACGACGACCCCUUAGAAGCCCUUCAGCUCCAUGGAGGGUGUGGUACAUGGGGCAUAAUCUUUACAGCCUUGUUUGCCAAGAAAGAGUACCUUCAAGAAGUGUAUCCGGGACGCCCAGCCACCUCAUACGGUCUUCUAAUGGGCGGUGGGUGGCGGCUCUUGGCCGCCCAUGUGGUCCAAAUCGUAACCAUAUGUGCUUGGGUUAGCGUGACAAUGGGGAGUUUGUUUUAUGUGUUGCAUAAGUUGAAGAUGUUAAGGGUUACUCCUGAGGAGGAGACUGAAGGGAUGGAUGUUACUAGUCACGGUGGUUUUGCUUAUAAUGAGGAUGCAGGAGAGAAGGAUAAACCUUGGGCUUCUUACAUGGCUGCUCAAGCUUGAUGAUGAUGAUGAUAAUGCAUGGAUCAUUGAAUUUGAUUUGCAUAAUUAUGUCCAUAGUAGUAGUAUAUACUAGUAGUAGUUCACUAGUUUGAUUCGUUUUUUGUCAGAUUUUCAAUAACUAGCUAGUAGUAUGUGAUUAAUUAAGGGCUUGGAUUUUGGCAUUUUGGAUUUAAUUUGCUAAUACAGUAAUACGAACUACUUGAUUUUGGUGUUAAUGCAAUUAAUUAUUGU